GUUGUUUUGGAACUGAUAGAGCUUCGCGAACUGGGUGCUGCCAGAUCACUCCUGAGACAGACUGACCCCAUGAUCAUGUUAAAGCAGACCCAGCCAGAGCGAUAUAUUCAUCUCGAGAACCUUUUGGCUAGAUCCUACUUUGAUCCACGUGAGGCGUACCCAGAUGGGAGCAGCAAGGAGAAACGGAGAGCAGCAAUUGCUCAGGCGUUGGCUGGUGAAGUCAGUGUUGUGCCUCCGUCUCGUCUUAUGGCGCUGCUAGGACAGGCCUUGAAAUGGCAGCAGCACCAGGGUCUGCUUCCUCCAGGUAUGACGAUUGACUUGUUCAGAGGCAAAGCGGCUGUGAAGGAUGUCGAAGAGGAGAAGUUCCCCACGCAGCUCAGUAGGCAUAUUAAG